AUGGAGAAAAAAUCCACCAACAUUCAAAAUGCGAAACCAUUUUGGGAUCCAAUCUCACUAUAUACCCGUCAAGACAAAAUUCCCAAAGACCGAGUCUUCGAAAAGGAGUGUGAAUGCGUGGCCAUCGUUGAAGCCAAUACGGAGUCUCAUCAUAAAUUGGAAACGAGUGAACGUCCAACACCUUCGCACCUCAAACGACCGUUCCGUAAGAACAUAGCUGCUGAGGGUGACACCGUCAUUGUUACUUAUUGCAAAAACGAGAUUCAGCUUAUCAAGCUUCGUCGUGGAGCCACUACCCAAAAUAAAUGCGGUGCCAUAAAGCACAACGACGUUAUUGGCAAACCGUAUGGAAGUAGGAUAGCCACCUCUGUAGGUCGAGUGGUUAUUCUUGCUCUGGAUCCGGCUAUCUGGGCAAUAUCUGUGCCUCAUCGCACACAGAUAAUCUACCCCAUCGAUGCCAGUAUGAUCGUCGGGCAGCUGGAUUUGGUGCCCGGGUGCCGGGUGCUAGAAGCUGGGACGGGCAGUGGUGCUCUUACGCAUGCUUUGGCUCAGGCAGUCUGGCCUACUGGCCAUGUUUUUACCUUUGAUUUUCAUCAGGAGCGCGUGGGACGAGCCAUUAUGGAGUUUGAGGUUCGAACUUCGGAGCACGGACUCAAGGAUGUGGUAAGCGUGGAGCAUCGUGACGUUCUCUCCGACGGCUUUCCUGAGGCUGGUUCCCCAUUAAAUCCUGAUGGCUGCCAUGCCAUCAUGAUUGAUUUACCUGAACCAUGGAUUGUGAUUCCAACAAUCGCAAAGUGCUUCACCUCAUCAGGGGGUCGAGUGUGCGUUUUCUCGCCGUGCAUCGAACAGGUGCAGAAGACUUGUACAAAUUUACGAUCGGCUGGUUUUUCGGACAUUGAAGUGAUUGAAUGCAUUUCAAGGAACUAUGAUCCAGUGCAUACUGUUUUGAAUGUGCCGAAUUUGGGUGAGACGCUCAUCAUAUUUACACCUAAUUGUAAAUUGAGUGACAAGCUUUUGCCUCCUCUCGGGGAUAUUAUGGGUCGAGCGGUGGGCCAAAUUAUGCCCAGCAGCUUCCCUGCUGACGAUCGGAGAAAUGCUGCUGUGGUUUAUCAGAUGCAAUUAAGAGACGCUUCUCGCAACCAAACUCCUUUUGCGUGUUCACUCCUAGGUCAGGAGAAUGCUACAGAUUUGUUCAAUGGUACCUACACGUACAACAAGACACAAUCAGCCGAGGCUACCGAGGCUGAUGGCGAGGCGAGAAAGGCAUCACAGCGUCGAAACGAGCGGCAUCUCUUUCCUCCGCUCAGCAACUACCUCACUCCAAAUGAUAAUGCCAAGGGAAGCGGUCAAGGCUAUCGUCAAUACGGUUACUGGGCCGCCUUACCCAGGCAAAAAGACACCGGUCAUACCGGCUACUUGACCUUCGCUUCGAGCAUUCCCAUGGUGACAUCCGUGGACAAUUCUCCUUGUGAUAUUGACAACCAAGGUGAUGGGGUGCAAUAA